UUGCAGGCGAGGAUGUUAGGGAUAAGAAUAAGACAAAAAUACGUAUAGGGAAAGUGUUUGUUUUCAUUUACGUUCUAACUUCUAAAAAAAAAUCAAACUUAUUGUUUAAGUUAACUAUAAAGACAUAAUAUAAUGGUGAAAGACAGACGCAGGUUUAAGGGAAGCGUGACGUAUUUUCGAAACGGGACAUUUCCAAAAGGCUUCCUGCCCUGGAACCGACGCUAACUCAAGGAGAAGUGGAGAGCCAGGUUCACAGGAGAACAGCAGUUACCAGAGCCUCCCAUGAACACAAUGGUGUAGCUGCAUCAGUCAGAUGUGUGCUUGUGUGUAGGCAGAGCUGCUCACUAUCGACCUCAGUCACUCCUUUGUCUGAAGCCCAGUGGUCCUGAAGAUGGGACAUCCUCCUCUUGAGUUCAGUGACUGCUAUGUGGACAGUCCCAACUUCAGAGAGACUCUCAAAUGCUAUGAACUGGAGCUCGAGAGGACGAACAAGUUCCUCAAAGAGUUGGUGAAAGAUGGCAACAGUGUAAUCGCUGCAAUUAAAGGUUAUUCUGUUGCUGUGCAGAAGUUUUCUCAAACUUUAAGUAUGUUCCAGUUUGACUUUGUUGGUGACUCACUAACUGAUGAUGAAAUCAACAUUGCUGAGUCCUUCCAUGAGUUUGCAGGUCUUCUGCAGGAAGUUGAGGAUGACAGAAUGAUGCUGGUUCAAAAUGCUUGUGAUCUUCUCAUCAAACCACUAGAAAAAUUCAGGAAAGAGGAAAUUGGAGUAGUAAAGGAAAAGAAAAAGAAGUUUGAAAAAGAGAGUGAAAAAUAUUACUCCCAGUUAGACAAACACUUAAAUCUUUCCGCCAAAAAGAAAGAAAGUCAGCUUCAAGAGGCUGAUGAACUGUUAGACAAAGAGCGUGUAAACUUUUAUGAGUCAUCAGUGGAGUAUGUUUAUCAGAUCCAUCAGGUACAAGACAAGAAGAAAUUUGACAUAGUGGAGCCUGUGCUGGCAUUUCUUCACAGUGUCUUAACACUGAAUAACCUGACAGUGGAAAUGACCCAGGACUUCAUGCCAUACAAGCAAGAACUGCAGCUCAGCUUGCAGAAUACCCGGAAUCACUAUGAGAGCACUCGCGAGGAGAUGGAAGACCUGAUGAAGAGGGUAAAGCAUCCAUCUCAAAUCUGUAAAAUGCACAGCUUCCAGCCAAUGGAGGGUUACCUAUACUGUCAGGAGAAGUGGGCUUUGGGUAUGACAUGGGUCAAAUAUUAUUGCAAGUAUCACAAGGAAGGAAGGCAGCUGGUCAUGGUUCCUUGUGAACAGAAGCCUGGCACCAAACAGGGCCCGACACAGCUGACACUGAAAUCCUGCAUUCGCCGGAAGACAGAGUCCAUAGACAAGCGCUUCUGCUUUGAUGUAAAAACAAGUGAGAGAAACACACCUGUUACUUUCCAGGCUCUUUCAGAAGGUGACAGGAAGACGUGGAUGGAGGCCAUGGAUGGAAAAGAGCCUAUUUAUCACUCCCCAAUUCAGAAGCAAGCUGAAAUGGAGCUUAAUGAAACUGGAUUCAAGUUUGUGAGGAAGUGCAUCGACUACGUUGAAUCAAAAGGAGUGACGCAAGAAGGAGUAUACAGAACAGUUGGCAGCAACAUCCAAGUACAGAGGCUUUUAAAUACUUUCUUUGACACAACAAACCAGGAGGAAGUUGACCUUCUAAGCACUGACUGGGACAUUAAAACCAUCACAAGUGCACUGAAGUUUUACCUGAGGAGCCUGUCUGAACCUCUGAUGACCUAUGACCUCCACAAGGACCUGAUGAGGGCUGCAAAGUCUGAUAAUUUGGACAUCCGACUCAGUGAAAUUCAUUUCCUCACCUACAAACUACCUGAGAAGAACUGGGAGAUGCUAGGGAUGCUUGUCAAACACUUGGUCAGCGUGUGUAGCCGCAGCAAUGACAACCGUAUGACUCCCUCAAACAUGGCAGUCAUUUUUGGACCAACGUUGAUGAGGGCAAAGGAGGAGACGGUGGCAGCCAUGCUGGACAUUAAGUUCCAAAACAUUGUGGUUGAGAUUUUGAUUGAAGACUACAAAAAGAUCUUCAGCUGUAGGCCAGAAGACAGCGCCGUCCCUCCUGUUCCUCCUCCACGCAUUACUCCAAGAAAGCGUCAGCCCAUCACUAUCUCCAAGCGGCCACCGCGUGUUUAUCAAAUGAUUAGUCAGCAUCCAAUUCAGAACACAGACGAUGACCAGGAGGAACACUCUUCUGUGGCUGCUUUAGUAAGCCCAGUCCCCUUGCUGCGAACGAAACCAGUAAGCACUGCUCCCCUCACUGGUAAAGAGUUCCGGCCCAAACAGGUGCUCGCACCCAAACCUGCUGUUCGCCAAGACAGAAACUCAGACUUUGAUGUCGUGAGGACAGGAAAUCUGAGAAGGUCGGACUCUAAUGUAGUUGCUAAUGGUGAAUCUGGAGUGUAUGUGAGCCGAGUUCCAUCGUUCCAGAGCAGAAAAGAAGCACCAAAGACCACAUCAGGCAACACAGAGGGAGAUACUGAAUGUCUGUCCAGAAGGAGUUCAACAGAGAAACCUACAAUCUGUAGACCCCCAAUGAGGCCUCCUGAUCCCCCGUCAAGAAAUUCUGCUUCACAAAAGCACAGUCCAGCCAGCAACGACACCUCGGCCACAUCUUACGUAGCAUCGAAAGCCAGAUUUUUUGAGGAUGCCUCCAGGCAAUCAGGAAGACCUCAAGCUGAAGACUUUUAGACCCCAACCUGGGACCAAUGAGUGUGUGUUUCUGUCACUAAUCUGGACCAGAGUCUACCACCGCCGAUCAAUUCUUUCAGAGGUGUUAUAGGAAGCAACCUCUGUAGUGAAGCUGGAAAAAGAACAAUGUUGGACAAUGACAAAAAGGCAAAGUGAUAUAAAAUAUGUUUGUUCUGCCACCGCUUCUGAAAUUCACAGAUGAAAAUGGUAAAUUUUUAUUUCUAGUUCCUCUAUGCUUUUUCCAAAAAUCUGUACCAUAUUUUAUUUUUUUGAGUUAACAUUACUUGUGUGUAUAUACAUGCUAUAUACACGUGUAUAUAGCAGUGUGACACACAUCCCACAAGUUUGUUUUAAAAAAAUAAGCUAUAUUUAAAAAUGUGACAUCACUAAUUCUUCUAGAUCAGAAACAAAGACAACAAUAUCAUUUGCAAAACAAAAGAAAAGAAAAACCUUUAUGUUAUGUUUAUAGUCUAAUUCAAGAAUUAGGGUCCACAGUGUAUUUUAUUGUAUUUAAACAAAUUAAUACACUAUUUCACUGCUGUUGUAUAAUCAAAACCUUGUGAAACGUGAAAAUGGAUUAAUAAGAACAUUCAAAUGUAGUUUGGUUUGAAGGGUUUUUGCUCUUUACUGCAGUAAAACUGUUGUAAUUUUGUAAAUGUAAAGAUUUAUUGAAUGACUUUAACCUUUUGUGAUUUAACUGGAGGUUAAGGAAGGUUGUUACAUUUUUUUGAAGAAGCCAACAUUGUGCAAGUAAAUAAAAUGCCACGUCCUGAGUCUAA